GUACCUGUAUGCUGUGGGACAGAGAGUCUGGAAACGGUGGAAAAAAAGAUAUUUUGUUCUUGUUCAGGUAAGCCAGUACACAUUUGCCAUGUGCAGCUACAGAGAGAAGAAGGCUGAGCCUCAGGAGCUGAUGCAACUGGAAGGCUACACGGUGGAUUACUGCGACCCUCAGCCAGGCCUGCAGGGUGGUCGAGUGUUUUUUAACGCAGUGAAAGAAGGCGACCUGGUGAUGUUCGCCUGCGACGACGAGCAGGACCGGGUGCUGUGGGUCCAGGCCAUGUACCGAGCCACUGGACAGUCCUACAAACCAGUCCCACCGCUGCAGAACAAAACCACAAACUGCAGAGGAGGAAGCCAGAAACCAGCAUCCCCCAUCAGUCUGGAUCCAACUCAGCGGCAGGGAGUGGAGGAGUUAAUCUCUGUAGCUCCAAGUCGCUUUGAUCACGCGGCCCUGUUCACCAUUUUGCAGAAAAACACUCUGCAGCACCGCAUGAACGACUCCUUCUCCUGCCUGGGUUGGUUCAGUCCCGGUCAGGUGUUUGUCCUGGACGAGUACUGCGCUCGGUACGGCAUUCGAGGCUGCCACCGCCACCUGAGCUACCUGAAGGAUCUCAUGGAUUAUUCAGAGAACAACGCGCUGGUGGACCCGACGCUGCUACACUACAGCUACGCCUUCUGCGCCUCCCAUGUCCACGGGAACAGGCCUGAUGGGAUGGGGACUGUGACUGUGGAGGAGAAAGAGCAGUUUGAGGCCAUCAGAAGUCGCCUCAUGACUCUUCUGGAGAACCAGAUCACGCAUUUUAGGUACUGCUUUCCUUUUGGACGACCAGAUGGGGCCCUGAAGGCAACGCUUUCCUUGCAGGAACGGGUGUUGAUGAAAGACAUCACUACACCUGUUCCUCCAGAGGACAUGAAGAAACUUGUGCAAAAGUGUCUGGAAAAAGCAGCUCAAAUCAACUAUGGUCAGCUGAUGGAAUACGCUCAGAUCAAGGGUGAGUACCCUCAAGCUGCUCCAGAGAAGAGACUAGAGGACAUGAUGAGGCUGGGAGAGCUCUGCAUCGAGGUGCUGCAGCAGAACGACGAGCAUCACUCUGAGGGAAGAGAGGCUUUCUCGUGGUGGCCGGAGCUGAUGGCCGAACACGCUGAGACGUUUCUGUCUCUGUACAGGGUUGACAUGGAUGCCGCUCUGCAGGUCCAGCCUGUCGACUCCUGGGACAGCUUCCCACUGUUUCAGCUGCUCAACAACUUCCUGAGAACUGAUCCUCACCUGUGCAAUGGAAUGUUCCAUAAACACCUGCAGGACCUGUUCGUCCCCCUGGUGGUGCGCUACAUUGACCUGAUGGAGUCGUCCAUUGCCCAGUCCAUCCACCGCGGCUUCGAACAGGAGACCUGGCAGUCUGUUAGGUCAUUAACUAACAAUCUCGCUAGCGUUCCUCUUCCCAAAGUCCCCAGCCUUCCCGUCACAUUGCCACAGAUGCCCAGCUUCUCGGCACCCGCCUGGAUGGGACCACUGUGUGAGAACACCUUGCAAGGAAUAAAUCUGCCUGACAUCUUUAACGGAUCAGCCACCUCCGAUGAUUUGUUCUGGAAGCUGGACGCUCUGCAGAUGUUCGUGCUCGACCUCCACUGGCCAGACAUCGAGUUUGCCAAACAUCUGGAACAAAGACUCAAACUGAUGGCGAGUGACAUGAUGGAGGCCUGCGUCAAGAGAACAAAAUCUGCAUUUGAUGCCAAAAUGCAGAAAGCAAGUAAGUCAACCGACUUCCGGGUGCCGCUGUCAGUCUGCACCAUGUUCAACGUGCUGAUGGAUGCCAAAAAACAAUGCUCCAAACUGUGUGUGCUGGACAGCGGCCAGGAGAUUGACAAACAAUGGCAACAGUACCACUCCAAAAUUGAUGUUCUGAUUGAGGAUGCGUUCAAAGAAAUGAUUUCCUCCCUCGUGUCAAAGUUUGCCGCUGUUUUAGACGGCGUCCUCUCCAAGCUCUCCAGAUACGAUGAAGGGACACUCUUCUCUUCAAUUCUCUCUUUCACAGUGAAAGCAGCUGCCAAAUAUGUGGAAGCCCCUAAACCAGGAAUGGACCUGGCUGACACCUACAUUACCUUUGUACGUCAGAACCAGGACAUCCUCCGAGAUCGCGUUAACGACGAGCUUUACACCGAGAAGGUGUUUGAACAAUGGUACACUGGCUCUAUGAAGGCGGUGUGUGUUUGGCUGACUGACAGACUGGACCUGCAGCUCCACAUGUACCAACUGAAAACACUCAUCAAGAUUGUGAAGAAAACCUACCGUGACUUCAGGCUGCAGGGUGUCCUGGAUGGCACGCUGAACAAUAAGAGCUACGAGACCAUCUACAACAGGCUGACGGUGGAGGAAGCGACAGUGGCCGUUAAGGCAGGUGAUGGCCUGCAGGGCAUCAGCAUGAGAGACAGUGAUGAGGAAGAGGACUAAACACUCACAUACACAUAUCACACCUCCUUUCACCCACCCUGUUACUACUUGAUUGAUCAUCCUCUCUGCCAGAUCAGGACCUUCCAUCACAGGCAGUUAUACGGUAUUACAAUUCACCGAGUUCCCACAAAACUUGAUAGAACAGAUACCCAACAUAUGUUAUCAUGGUGUUGCUGAGAAUAAAAAGAAAUCGAUUGCUGCUGAACAAAACUGCCGUUGCAUUUUUGACAAAUAGACAAGAUUGUUCAGAAUUAAAAGA